ACAGCUGGCCAGCUACCAAUGGAACACUCAUUAAGAGCAGGCCUACUCAGAUCCCAACAUCCCCAGGCAGCCUGAAUUAACAUGCAUUUCUGCCUCUUGCAAUGACUUGCUACCUCUUCACAGACCAUCAGCUAGCGCAUAUUGUUUACACUCGUCCUUCACAGCAAUUGGAUUAAAACUUAGUUGGGACUUCUCUUCCACACACAGCUUAAGAUAUGGUUGACAGCUACUUGAAGCAUCUAAUUGCUUUGUGAAAGAUUUCUACACAUUGAACAAGAGGAACGUGAUCCUUAGGUUUGGAAUCUCUCUUUGGAGUAUACAAAAUCUGGGAAGUGUUUAAAUGGUAAAUCCCAGGCGGAAAGUCACCAGAGGAGCCAUUUGUAAGAUAACCUUUGUGACAGCAUGACUGACCAGCAUCAGGACUUCAAUAUGACAGAUGACCAUUUGGUGAGCCAAGCUAGGCGGAAUCCGACAGGCUCUCCCCUCCAGAUACCAGUUGAUGAUGGAUCCGAUGAACCAGUAUCUGAGGCUUCUGAUGCUAAGAGCACCCCAACUGUGGAAGAUGCUACUGCUCCAUAUGUGGAGGAGAGAGCACAUGAGGAUAGGACUGCAGUUCGGCAGCAUGUGGAGAUACCUGAAGGAACCACAGCUGAGGAAGCAGGCAUAGGCUCUACUCCUAACCUUGAGGACCACGCUGCAGGGGAUGCUCAAGCUCGUAUUGACAGCAGCAAAGACAAAAAUGGAACUGGGGCUGAUGAUGCAAAACCAAAGGGUCUGGAUAUGAAAAGCUCAACAAAGAUAGCUACUCCACGUCCUGCUAUGGCACAGAACCAGAAAAGCCCGGCCAGUGUUUCCCGGAUCCCUGCCAAAACUCCCACCAUUCCCAAGACACCACCAAGCCUAGCUGCCAAGAAGGAGCAGAGAAGGCCCCCUAACACAGCAGCAAAAUCUGAGAGAGGUGAACCAGUGAAGUCUGGAGACAGAAGUGGCUAUAGCAGCCCUGGCUCUCCAGGAACCCCUGGCAGCCGCUCCCGCACACCCUCGCUGCCAACUCCACCAAACAGGGAGCCCAAGAAAGUGGCCGUGGUUCGCACACCACCAAAAUCCCCUUCUUCUGCCAAGAGCCGCUUGCAGACAGCUCCCGUCCCCAUGCCAGACCUGAAGAACAUCAAGUCCAAGAUCGGUUCCACUGACAACUUAAAGCAUCAGCCAGGAGGUGGAAAGGUGCAGAUAGUUAAUAAGAAGCUGGACUUUAGCAGCGUCCACUCCAGGUGUGGAUCAAAGGAUAAUAUCAAACACACCGCGGGAGGAGGCAGUGUACAAAUUGUUUAUAAGCCGGUGGAUCUCAGCCAUGUAACUUCCAAAUGUGGAUCCUUGGACAAUAUUCAUCAUAAACCAGGUGGUGGGCAAGUAGAGGUGAAAUCAGAGAAACUGGACUUCAAAGAUAAAGUGCAAUCAAAAAUUGGAUCAUUAGAUAAUAUCACCCACAUCCCUGGAGGAGGAAACAGAAAGAUUGAGUCCCACAAGCUGUCCUUCCGUGAGAACGCCAAAGCCAAGACUGACCAUGGAGCUGAAAUUGUCUACAAGUCACCCACUAUUUCUGGAGAUACAUCCCCCCGUCGCCUUAGCAAUGUCUCCUCCACUGGAAGCAUCAACAUGGUGGACUCCCCACAGCUGGCCACAUUGGCUGAUGAAGUGUCUGCUUCCCUGGCCAAGCAGGGCUUGUGAUUGUGUUAAAGUGGGUGGAGAAAAUAAGAGAAGAAUCCAAUCUGGCCUUUCUUCCUUUUUACUUCUGUUCCUUUUUACAUCUGCAUCCCCUACCAUUCCUUAUUUCCUCCUCCAUCAAUGGGCUGUUUUUACCUAUUCUCUCUCCCCCACCCCCCCAUUCAUCUCUGACUCCGGGAUUUCAUAUUAAGAGCUUGGGAACAGAUUCAGUUUCUGUUUCCAGUGAUCUCAGUCUAGGAACACAAUCCUUUUCACCACUUGCCCGGUAAACUUGUGCUGCUUUAGAUUUGAAUACUGCAGAAGAGUGUUGGCGUCUCCCCCUUUACAUGUGUUAAAGCUGGCCAAACUUGUCCCUGUGAAGACAGGAAAAAAAGAGUCUCAAAAGGUUGGGAUGGUUAAGCAAUCUUCCUAAAUGAUCAGUCGUGCUUUCUGCUCUAUUAGGGGUGUGUAUUAGUAAACAAGCAGACCAAGGCUAAGAAUUCUGAGUGCAAUCCCCUGCUAGAAGAGGUAAGAUACUGUAUGUACCACUGAAAAUGAGACCUAUGUAUUUUACCUUUGCAGGUGAAAGACCCUUUUCACACUCUGGAAAGGGGGCAAAGACUGACAGACAUACACUCUCAUUUUGCUUUAUCUUGGGUAUUUUCCUGAAUGGGUUUGACUGAAGCUAUAUCACUGCAUGAAAGACCCAAUACUAUGUUCUUGUAAAUAAAAGGCACCAGGCCAAAUUGUAUUUUUAAAGUCCUGUGAAUUGCUAGCUCCUUACACUAUUAUUCAAAUGGAGCAUUUUGAGGGACAAGAUGACCAGCUGAUCCUCACCUCCCCCAUUGCUGGGGGUGGAAAUUAAGUCAGUGAAGUUAAGACUGUUUUUUAUUUCUUGCACAGCUUUUAGUACAAAAACUCUGCUGGUUCUUUCCAGCCCAAAUAACGGCCUGAGGUUCAUGAUACUUGGUUGGCCAUCCAAUGUGUGCGUUUCUGUGGCAGGACAGGACAGUGGUUGCUUCACCGCGGCAGGCACUAAUUUUGGCAAGGGUUCUUUGGGAGGGGAGUAGAAAGGGCAAGUAGCAGAUUUGCUCCUUGUGUUCAGUCCAGUUGGCAGGGCCGGUUCUCUUAGUUUCCAUGAAAACGUUGUAUGUAGAAAUUUGUAGAGGUAGAGGUGUGGUUCUAGGGUUUUUGAAAAAUACCUGGGUGCACAUACUUAAUAAUAUGGGGGAAGGGCAGUUCCUAGAAAGGACAUGCAUUUAACAAGCUGCUGGAGUCAAAAUGUUUGUUCCCUGUCUCCUAAUAGUUGCACAUCGCUGAUGCUGUUCAUGACAUGCAUGUUUGUUGCCUGCAUAUUUUGGGGGGGGAAAGCAUCAUAGCUCAAAUAGUUUUGUAUUGCAUCAGACCUACUAAUGCUUUUCAGUGAAGGUAGUUAACCCAUUCAGUUGAAUCAAGCAGUGUUCAUGCACUACGAACCAGCCCAAGAUUGUGGUGCACGUCUCAAUACCCUACACUACAGGCAGCAAGUGCUCAAUUAACCCUGCUUUUUGAAACCAGCUGGCUUCACUAGCAUCCUAUUUCAUUGAAUGGUAGGGGAAAGCCCCAAAGAAGCACCUUUUUGCAAAAGUAAUUGUACAGUGAUUUUCUAAACACUAGUUACGCUAGCAUAAUAAGCUACCAUACUAGCAGAACUCUUUCUUGCAUCUAUAGGGGGAUGAAUUCUCUUGUGAUAUCAAUGUCCUCUUUGCCCGUCCAUUGUUAUCUUUGCUGUUUAGAAUUUUGCUGUGGUACCACCAGCAGAUUGUGCAGCUACCUAGACUGUGUGCAUUGGAAAGAGGCCUGGAUCACUAAAGCAAAAGGGAAACCUUUUAUUUAGUAGUAUUAUAUUUCUAUACUGCCUCACACAAAAUCGCUAUGUGGUUUACAAUUAAAACCUAAAACCAUAUUAAACAAAAUAACCAUCAGUAAAAUUCUUUAACACAUUAUAAACUAAAAGCCUGAUAGAAUAGGUGAAUUUUCAAAAGUCUCUUAAGAACAACCAGAGAUGGGGAAGUUCUGAUUCAUUUGGGGGCAUGUUCCAGAGCCCUCAGACAACCUUAGAGAAGGCCCGGUUUUGGGUUGCCACCAAACGAGCUGGUGGAAACUGCAGCUGGACCUCCCCCGAUGAUAUUCAUAGGCUGUGGGGUUUAUAAAAGCACCAGCACUAUCUUGAACACACUGGUACCUUUUAGUCUCUCACAGUGGUGAAAAGUAUCCUCGAACACAUUAUACCUCCAUCUUGCUCGUGAAAGACAGGGCCAUGCCACUCAGACUUUUCCACAGGAAGGAGCCACAGGCUUUGUUCAAUGCUCUCUGUUAGCAAAGUGGCUGCUCUACACAUCUUUCUAACUUUGCAUCUACUUUUUCCUUUCCUUUCCCAUCUUAGACGGGAGGAAAAAAACCCUCUUUUUAGCUGGCAUAGAGGAAAAAAGAUGGCUGCUUAGCUUGAUCAAAGCUCUUUAGCUUCUCAAAGAGCCUUCUACAUGGCACUACUACACUCAUGAUUGGGCUUAUCAAACAUGUAACCCUAAGACAAGUUUACCUGACCAAGCAGAGCUGUUCCUCCUUUGAACUCAGGCAGGAAGCAAUGUUCAUCUGACCCAGCUUGACAUCUCAACUGGCUCUUCAUCUCUGCCACCCAAAUCACAAUUUCCCUCUGGGAUUGCCAUCCUAUGGUAUCAUACUGGCAAGAAUCUGUAUGCAAACAUCUAAGCCCUUCCCUUCUCCUCAGCCCCCAAGGCCUAGAUCAAGAAAACUAUAGCCUUUCAAAGUCAAAAGUUGCACAGCUCCCAGUAUGGGAUAUUCCACUGUUAGGCAGAAGUCACCACUGUCUUCACCAACCUCUAGAUCACGCAGCCAUCCCUGAAGAUGGGGGCAGGGUGUCACUUUAAACUCCAUAUAACUCUCAGCACAGAUGAGAGCUCUUCAGAUCCAAUUCUCUCAUGCUGAGUCAACGUGCCCUUAAAAAUGAAGCUCCUCCCUGCUACUGCAGAAGAUACCAAGGGGUUAAGCCUCAAUCUUCUGAAGGCACAAAAAGCCAUAUGAUCCUUCCGACUGAGGAGAUCUACUGGUGAAGACACACAAUUUCCCAACAGGCUGUUUUCUCUUGAAAGCAUCCAUAUCUUACUCUAGAGUUCUAGAACUAGUAGGAGUUACAGAGGAAGCCUAGUCAUAAAGCAGAUGUGAAGGAGAUGUUUCCAAAGCUAAAAUCCACCUGAUGCAGCAAUUCCUUUCCUCAAGGAUUUUCUAUGUCUUGAGGAUGUCUUGGGGCAUUAUUUUCACUCAAGCAACUCUGAGGCACUAUAAAAGCAUUUUAUGUUCUUCCCAGUUAGAUGUUUGGCUACCUGGCGUUCCAUCUAGUUGAUGCCUCAGUAGCCACUCUAGUCUCUGUCUGAAGGAUUCCCUAGAGAAUAGAUACAAAGGGCAUAAAUACAUUUCUUUUCGUGAAGUCUCUUAAGGCCUCAGCCCUCGCUAUACAUUCUUUGGCUUCCUAUUUGGCUUUCCUCCCUAUUUGCCAGUGUCUGUAAUGUGGGCGUGGGAAUGGUCCCACAUAACCCCUGAAGUCAUACUCCUCUCAAGUAAAGCAUCAAUACAUUUUACCUGCAAUAUAUAAACUAAUUAAUGCAACACAUUUUAUGGGUGACACCAGCCUAGAUGGCUUACAAUUUUCUGCCCAAGCCAUGACAGAAUUUAAUAGGCAUAAUUUGUGGCUCAACAGUUUGAGUGCUGAUGUUAAGUCAAAACACAAUCUAGCUUAAGCUCCAUUUAGGGGGAAAGUACUAUUUGACGAGUCCCUAGAACCAGCCCUGGUGGAAACAGGAUAAGGGCAAUUCCUUUGGUUCCUAGAAGGGAGACCAGAAGGGGACUUAAGCCAACUAAUUAUUCAGUUAACCACUCCUUUUAUUCCUUCAGACAGUUUUUCUGUUCCAGAGAUCUCUGUACCUUCAGCAACUCCUGGUUUAGCUCAUGGAGCAAACUAUAGCAGCAACCAUGCUCAAUAACUCAUCUCAGUCCAGAGACUCUCCAAGAAUCUCUAGUCGUAAUAAUUCUAAAAUUCCUCCAGUGAGGGGAAGGCUACCACAAGUUGCCUAGAAGAGGUCAAAGUCCAUGGCAGCUUAUCAGGUUCUCCAAACAAUUCAAUACAGUUACAUUCUCAGCCUUAUCCAGCAUCCUCAAGAUUUCUUCAUCUCUCUAGGACUCUUGAAGGCCAUAGAAACCUGCUCCUGCAGGCAGUUCUGCACCUGUUGAUGAAGAAUACAGGCCAUUGAGCAUGCAUUACAGAUGGAACAACCUAUGAGCAGGAGGGUGGAGAGGGCUACUUGACCUAAAGUGUCUGAAUCAGUUUGUAAAGAAACCUAAAUUCCACAUGGAAGCUCUUCAGUCCACUAAGAAGUGUUCCCAUGAGGGGACACUUCUUCUAGCACCUGUAGAGCUGACCGAAGCAUAUCUACAUGUACCAAUCCACCCAUUGCAGAGGUGCUUCCUCAGGUUCACCUAUGAUCUAGAUCAUUUUCAGUACAAGGGCACUCCCAUUCAGUCUCUCUUCUGACCCCAAUAGAUGUUUGCUAAAUAGAUAAUUGCACACAUGGUGCACCUGAGUGUCCAGGGAGUCAGCCAUUCAGGAGGGACAUUCGGCUGACCAUCACCUGUCAACCCCCCUAGCUUCUUUAGGUUUCAAGAGUUGCAACCUUCUUUCUCAAAGGCUCCAAUAUUUCAGGAGUUGUAAUAGACUUCCACAACAGAAUGAUCUUCUCAUAUCUGAUUUUCCUUAUGAGUCUUACAAGGCUUGAUCAUUGCCUCAAAUAUGUCUCCUGGGAUAGAAGGUACUUUCUUGGUGCAGUGGGUCUUCUACAGCAGAGCAAUAUAGCAGUACAAGUCUUUCUCUGCCUAUUAAUUCCAUCUUAUCCAAAAGCAUCUGUUACAAGGCAAGUCUCAUCAGUUCUCCACAAAGGAAUCUCUCUCGGAACCUCAGUCUCACAGGCUGGCCAGCAUACUGUAACAUGGUAACCCAGGGCCUAUGGUCUCAUUUGGAAGCUCACCAUUGCAUCAGCCAGCUGGAGCUUUGAACAAUCUGCUUGGAAACACCAGGAGUUCCAGCACAGACUAGAUAGAGGUGUAUAAAAUUAUGCAUGGAGUAGAGAGAGUGGAUAGAGAUAUGUUUUUCUCCCUCUCUCACAACAGUUGAACCAGGGGUCAUCCCUUGAAAGUGAAGGCCAAGAAAUUUAGCACUGACAAAAGGAAGUACUUUUUCACACAACACAAUGUGGUGAUGGCCACUGGCUUGGAUGGCCUUAAAAGGGGCUUAGACAAAUUCACACAGGACAGAUCUAUCAGUGGCUACUAGUCGGGUGGCUGUAGGCCACCUCUAGCCUCAGAGGCAAGAUGCCUCUAAAUACCAAUUGCAAGGAGCAACAGCAAGAGAGAUGGCAUGCCCUCACCUCUUGCCUUUGGUCUUCUCAGAGGCAUCUGGUGGGCCACUGUGUGAAACAGGAUGCUGGACAGGAUGGGCCUUGGGCCUGAUCCAGCAGGGCUGUUCUUAUGACCAACCAUCACCAGAGCAAAAUCCCAUGUAAACAGACAGGGUAGAUCCAGGUCCUACUCACACAUGGCAGUCUUUAACUUUCUGAUUGGUUAGAAGUACACAGCUUCCCUGACAGUGGAAUAUAAGACGUGUAAACACCUGUGCCAAGUGGCUCAGCUGGCAGGAGUUUGAUCAAUCAGACUGAGGUCUGAAUUCAGUUGUGUUCAACUUCACAAUUGGGUCUCAGUAUACUGGAUCUCUUCACUUUUCAGCUUUUGUUGUCUAAUUUACCUGUGAAGAUGCAGACGUCAAAAAUGUUCUCAUGUGUACUUGGCAAGGGGGCCUAUUGUAUGAGUUCCCACUCACAGCUAGGGAUGUGCACAAAACCCUCCCCAGUCCUUAAAGCUAUUCCCUCCCCACCUUCAAACCGGCAGAAUCACCAGACUUUCAAACCAGUUCAGAGAUCUGUAAAAAGGCCUCUGAACCAGUUCCGUGCACAUCCUCCCAAAGCAUUCCUAGCAAGAGCCUUCAGGAAGAAAAAGACUGGAAGCAGCAGAAGUGAUUCUCAUGGCUCCCAGUUGGCCCAGAUGUCCUUGUUUCUUGGACUCUACUCUGCAUCCCUGGAAACCUCUGGAGUUUCAUCAGAUGUCCUGAUGCAAGGGCUGUUCAUAGAUCCACAGUAUGCUUAACUACAGCUCAUCACGUAGACCUGAAUGGGGCCUCCUAGAAGACUGUGGUUAUUUCCAAAGAGUUCAAGAUACCAUUACGGCCUCCAGAAUACAGUCUACUAAUGGUAUAUACAAAGCCAUCUGGAAAGGCCUCCAACAAUGAUGUAGAGCUCGGCGAGUGUUCUUUUAGUCAGCUUCUAUCAAGAUAUCCCAGCCUUUUCCAGGAUGGCCUGGAUCAAGGUCUUAAACCAAACAUGCUGAAAUACCAAGCUUUCACACCCUAUAUUACUCAUACCAAAUUCUGGGCUUGUUCUCUGCUUAGCCUCACAUCAAGCAUUUUCUCAGAGGAGCUCCUAUUCUCUCUCUCUUCAAUCCACAAAUUCCCUUCUUGGCAGCUGAGCAGAGACCUAAAAGCACUUAUGAAACCAUCCUUUGAGUCUCUAAAAAGCGUGCCCUUGAAGGUCUUUUUCCUACUGGCUGUCACCUCACUCAGAGUAUUGGAAACCAGAGCUCUCUCCAUCCAAAAGGAACUUUGUAUUUUUCCAUCAGGACAGCAUCGUGUUAAGGCCCAACCUGGCCUUUUUGCCCCAGUCGGAACACAGCAUUCCACUGGUCCAAGGACGUUAUUCUUGUCUUUGUUCAUCUCUAGUCGGCCCAGGGGAGAAAGUGCAGCACUUUCUGAAGAACUCUCAACAUUUAUUUAUGGAGGACCAAAGAAUUCUGUCUCAGGCUCUCUUUGUGUCAUUUUAUCCUAACACUUUGGGUAUGAAAGUAUCCAAAACAACACUCUCUAGGUGACAAAAUCCUUCUAUUCUUUUGGGUUAAGAAUUCCUGGCUUCAGCUGUACCCAAGGAUAUCUCAGCACAUUCUAUAGGUAGUGCCUCUACUUUGGUAGCUUUUCCCACCAGUGCUCCACUUUCAGAAAUCUGUAGAGUGGCCAUCUGGUCAUCUGUUUUCCCUUUUGUCCCACUGUAGACUUAAUAUCUUCUCUACCUAUGGUCAUUCCCUGCUUAUUGAUAUGCCAUUCAAGGAUACUCCACUAUGUGAUAAGCAAACAUUGAACUUAUGUUAGGUUCUCCCAGUGUACAGAGGGUAUCCUACCCCCCUCUUGCAUUUUAGCAACAACAGUUAGUGUUGGUGGGCAACUGCAAAGGGAGGUUCCUGCUCCAAAGUUCUGUUGGAAGAGCCAUAUUUCUGGGGAACUCCCAUUUUGUUUAUCACUUUGUUUAUUCUUGUACAGUUUACUUCCAGGCUUUUCUUGUAGUUGCCAGUUUGGGCUGGUUUUUUGAGGUUCAAGAUCCAUGUUGUUAUCACUGCCACAUAUACAGAACUGGGAGCAUAGCUACUUCCCAUAGGAUCAUGGGAAAGCCUGGAUUGACAUGACCCUGUCUUUCUGGAGCAAGAGGUAGGCAUAGCCCAUUCAAGGAUACCUUCCAUAUGCUGUGGGAAACGGACACAUCAUGGUAAGUCCAGUGCAUUUGUUUCAAAGAUUAUGUAGCUCUUUUGCCUGUGCCGAGUGUGAACAAACCUUUCUCUUUGUUGAGAUCAGUGGCAGCUGGUGUAAUCCUUGUCUUUCUAGCCCACCUCAUUUCCAAGCCACGCAGGUUCUUACACACACACACACUUUUGUUAUACAGUAGCAGUAUAUGAAAUACAACACCAGAGCAAAGCAAGCUCCUACUUAAUCUAAAUAUCAGAUUAUUUACAUGAACUAGAGUACAACUUCUAUAGGGAUUACUUGCAAAGUGGGAAUGGGGGAGGACAUCCAACAGGAGUCGCAAGUGAUACAGAUUUGAUAAUAAAAUUUAUCCCACUUUUGUACAUUGUAUAUUUUGAGUUGUCUGAAUAGGUUUGACUGGUGUGAUGGUUAAGAAGAUAACUUCUUGGGGAAAAUGUCCAAAGUUCUAAAUAACUUUAUUUGAAAAGCUGUAUGGGGAUCUUAACUAAUAGGUACAGAUACAAAUCCGGAUUGGUCCUUUAGUGGGAAGUAAUCAGCACCUUUCUGAACCUAAUUCCUGAGCAGAGAUAAUGGAUGAGAAAUAGGUCGGGUUCUACACCAUGUACUUAGCUUCUGAUUCUUAUGCAGAAGAAAUGGUCUUUGAAGAAUCUUCCUGUUUCUAAGCCACAUAAAAUAGGCCACAGCUAGUGCUCUUGUACUUUGUCCUGUUUUCAAGGAAUACACAGAUGGAAAAGGUCUUAACACUACUUGCAUUUCUGUUAUUUUAAAUAAUCAAAUAAUCCUGUAUAUCAACAGCAUUUUGUAAAUCUUCUAGUAAAGAUGUUGCGUGAAAUAGAAGUCAUGCUAGACUAUCAUCUUUGCGAGAUCAGUCCCAGGUGUGAAGAGAGAAAGGGUGUCCUCCUUUCCCUUGUAAGCAGAGGAACAGAAGGGUAGGCUUCCUCUUUUUAGUAGUACUAAUAUGUAAAAUUAUUUUGCCACCUUUACUUAUUGCUUGGUGUUAUUGGUAAAAUCAAUUUAACUGAAGGGUAGGGAGUGCAGUAAUCCCAUAACUCCCAAACCUUUUAACCACCUAAAGUUUUUUGCUUAUACAAACAAGGGAUAAGAUAAAGAGGGAUAGGAGAGAAGAGGCCUUUUAGCACAAGAGCCACCCUUUACAUUUAUCUCGAAUGGAUUGUAUGAUGCUAUAAAGAUAAGGCUGUGGUUCUCUAUUUGCAUUAGGAUGUUAGGAAGUUUGCACAUCUUAUUGUCAAGGGAGUAAAAUGUGAGAUUCUUCCAACGAGUGUAAUUUCUAUUUUUAUCAGAGGCUACAUGAAGACACAAGGUGGGCUAGAAGAGGCUUGUAUUAGCAUAAGCUCUAAAUAAAGGACACCCUUUUUCUCUAGCAUAAAUAAGCAGCAGUUCUUACCUUUAAAAUAUUAUUGCCAUCAGGUGAUCCUCUGUCAAAGGCCAAGAGGCCUGGCCUGCACCCACUUAUUUCAUCAUGUAUAUCUCCCCCUUUCUCAAGCACAGAACAACUUAAAACGUUGAGUUUUUUCCCUACCCAAAAGCGUAGCUAUUUCCCAAUCUGGAUUUUGAUCGUCCAUAUGGCUCAUUUUAGGACACCCACAGGCAUCAAUUCUCUGGAUGGUUAGACCCAGGAGGGCUUCAGUCUAGGGCCAUGUCAAACUGACUGGCUGAUGUCUUGUCUUGAUAUAUGAAUAUACAUAUCUAGGGGUUUGAAGAAGUGUAACUUGACAGAUAAAAAUCAUGGUUUUGAAAGUUAAAGAAAAAAGUGGUCUUUGUUAAAUGAACGUGGAAGGGACAAUGGAGUUUGGAAGACCCCACAAUUCCCUUUUAGGUUUUUCAGGGGGUGGGGAAACUGGGAGGGGGUGGUAAGGGAGUGAGAUCUCCGUAUGCUCAUCCUAGCUUAGCUACCUGUCUGUGACUGUCCAUAUUGUAUUUGUGCGUUUUAAACAACUGGUUUACACUGACUGUUGCUGUAAAAGUGGAUUUGGAAAUAAAAAAGUCAUUACUAUGAUAUUAAA